AUGACGAUUAUCGAUACUCUACCAGCCGUUGAUGUGUCAAUUCAAUUAAGCAGCUCGCUUAGAAACGCAGAUGAGUACCCCGACCCAAGUCCCUACCGUCGAGAGCGAUACCUGGGAGGAUUCGAGCGUUGUGCUCGAAACUAUAUCGAGAGUCAAGAUGGUACCGAGUUUUGCAUCCAUGUCAGGGUCGGAGACGAACGCUCAAUAGACCCUUGGGUCUACGAAGAAUAUGGUCUCCUUUUCUUCCUGUACAUCGAUGGGCAGUUUAUGGGCAAGAGCUUCUGUCAGAGCAAGGACUUCAGACAGGGCGAUUGGCGCUUUACCUUCUCCUCUAGAAGAUACCCCAACGAUGAUCGCUCUGCUUUAGUCGAGAGCAGAUUCAAGUUCCAGUCAAUCAUUACCGUCGACGAAGAACCUACCGAUGGCGACUUUCGUCGUGCUCGCGACCUUGGCAACAUCGAGUUAAAGGUUAAGCUUGGCAAGGUGUCAGGAAUGCUCGGCCGUCAGCAGGGCAGGAAUCUCGAGAGAGACUUCCGCGAGCCGGAUGUGGACUACUUCCAGAUCCCUGAAGAGGCGCUCAAAGGUCGCCCUAUCUACCAUGGCACCUCGUGA